AAUUGUGUUUUUUUUAAAUAGUUUUAUACAUUUUUUCAAGUUUCUUUUAAGUUGACACCUUGUUUAUUAUAACAUGCGGCCUUAAAAAAAUUUGUAAACAAACCAAAAAGCAGAGUAUCAAAUUGUAGAUUGAACCUUGCGAAAGCGUUUUAUUGUUAUUUUUAAGGAGUUAUAAAAUCUAUAAUAUAUAUUAACUAUAUUAUCAAACUUAAUUUAUCACAAUAAUACAAAAAUGCCUCCUGUAAAAAGAAAUAGACGGUGUAAUUUAUAUGGUGAUAGCCCUUCUGAUCUUCCUAUUACAGAUCUAGCAACUUAUGGUGAUGUAGCAAGAUUUUUCUACAAAUUAAAAGAUAUAGAUGGUAUUUAAGACAAAAAUGUUAUUAUUCAAAGAACGCUUUGUAGUUGAAAAGAAAUAUGGUUCAAUUGCAAAUCCAAAUUAGUUUUGUUACCUGAAAAAAGUUUGAUUGUUAAACUUUUAAAAUUUUAUAAUAAUGUUGUUUCUUGGAAUGGAAAUAAAAUUAAACCUUUAACCAAAAAACUGUUGGAAAAAAAAUAAAGAAAAACUUUUUGAUCUGCUAGCAUAUAACUGCAAGCUUGAAGUUCUUCCUUUUGAUGACAGUAAUAUCAAUUGCUCAGGUUAUUCAAAUGUGCAUCUUUACUGUAGUUGUGUUGGUAGUAAAAAAAGCGCUCCUAUAUAAAAGACCAAAGGGAGAAAAUUGGUACUAAAGGAAAGUUUCAAAUAGGAGGUAUUGAUAACUCUGUUUUGUCACCUACCUCAAGAAAAACAAAGCAAACAAAAGCUUCUGAUGAAGAAAUUUAUAUGAAAGAGUUUGACACAAUCAUGGAUCAGAGUGAAAAUUCAAUUUCACCAUUAAAUCAGACUAGAUCAAAGUACUAUAACACAAUCCACUAUCCCAAAUUUGCUUUAGAGAUAAUUAGAUAUGGAAUAUCAGAUAAAGCAGCUGUCGCUGUAGCUAAUACUCUACUUCAAGAUAUUGGUUAUCUACAUCUAAAUGAUGUAAUUGAUCCAAGUAAAAUGAAGAGAGUGAAAGAAUGAGUAUGCUAUAAUGCUAGUUUUAAGCAAUCUAAAGUUUCAAAUAUAAAAGUAAUUGGUUUGGAUAGCAAACGUAAUAAAAACUCAUUAGUUUACGAACAGAUAGAUAUUGAUGGUGAAAUAAAACUUUGUAAAUAUACCAGCACUGUAGACCACUUGACAAUUGAAUCAGUUGCAAGGUCAAUAUCUAAAGCACAUAGAUGUACCUAAAGAAAAAGGUAAAGGAAAAAGAUCUUGCUGAAUUUACCUGUAAUGUUCUCAAGGAGUUUAAGAGUGAUAAAAGUAUCCAGGCAAUAAUUUUGGACAAUACAAGUGUUAAUACAGGUAAAGAUAAUGGUUUAGUUGCUUGUCUUGAAGGAAUAUUAAAAAGAAGAAUUCAUUUAAUUAGCUGUCUUCUACAUGUUAACGAGUUACCAUUGCGUCAUUUAAUUUAUAAACUUAAUGGUUCUUCUAAUAGCUUAAAUAAUUAUUCUGGACCAGUUGAAAAAGCUUUGACAAAUCCAAUUCAUUUAAAUUUAACUGUUGACUUCAUACAAGUUGAGACAGACGUUGAAUAUCCUCCUCCGUGUGUCAUUAAAGACCUCUCUGCUGACCAGAGAAUGCUACUGGAAUAUAGUAUUGGAAUUUCUAGAGGGUUUUCAGACAAUAAGUAUCUGAGAAAAAAAAUAGGCCCUAUUUGUCAUGCAAGGUGGCUAACAACAGCAGUAUGGAUUUUGGUACUAUACACAAGAACAAUCAAUCCCAGUAGAGAGCUCAAAAUCUUUGUUGAAUAUAUUCAAACAGUAUAUACUCCUAUAUGGUUUAAUAUCAAAAAGUCUAAAAGUCUUAGAGAGGGUCCUAAACUCAUUUUCCAAUUUAUUUGGCGGAUUUUGAGGUUGGAUACUGAAGUUCAAAAUAUUACAUUGCCCAUAACUUAUGCCAUUCCAGUUAUUGAUUGUAGAUGUAAAAACUGGUCAAAAUUAAUAAAUUUGUAUGAUAUAGACUGUUUUGAGCCCACUUGUGUGGAAGAUAAAUCAAAUGAGGAGCUUUUGAAUUGAUUCCGAAUCAGGGAAAGGCUCCUAACUUUCCGUGCCACCCGCAAACGGUUGAAAGAGCAGUGAAAAUGACUUCUGAUGCUAGCGGAAAAUUUAUUAAUUUGUUUAUUAUUAUUAUUAAUUUGGUUCAGCA